AUGGCGGUGAAUGCUGAUCUUCCAUAUCAGGAACCAUGCAUACUUAUGGUCCAAUCAGUCAUACGGGACAGCUUCCGCCGGGUCUUACUAUGCCGCCUGCUGGUUGGUCGUAUGCAUGAUUUCGGUAAACCUCCAAAGCAUUUCCCCGCGUUAAAAACGCUUGGUAUAUAUUGCGGAUGGCUCGUUUAUUAUCUUCUUAAAUUUUUGUCGCAUUCUAUUCUUUUUUCUCGUAAUCUUGAUUGUUCAUUUCGUUGCUUUCCUACCAUUACCAUUUGCCAGAGCAAUCGUAUUCAAGUCUACGCGUUGUCAAGCCUCAAUUUUCCUUCCAUAUAUGUGCUUCUAAGGCUCUAA